AUGUCCUUACCCAUUGACCAGUCCUCGUCCUUGAUAUCUUUGGAUGGAUCGGCACAGAGGCCCUCCCGGUAUACCUUGAAUCAGUCGCCAGAGCCGUCGCCCUGGAUGAUUCGUUUCAACGCUGGACGCGAGCUGGAGACAAGCUCUGUGCUGGGAGCCACUGUAUACACCUUGGUGUUCGCCGCGGACUCUAUCGAGCUCUGGUUGCAGUGGAAGUCAUUGCGCAAGAUCGCAGAGGAAGACUAG